AUGUCUAUGAUCACAGCGACGACCUGGGUGCCGCGCGGGCACGCCGCGGCCUUCCCUACCAAAUAUGUCUUCGACGAGGACGAGUAUGCACGCAUAUCAAAGCUCGCAAAGCUGGAACUAGACGAUGCGAAGGAUGACCUGGAGACCGCAAGGCAGGCGUUGAACAAGACGACUGUCGGGCAAAGUACAGAGGACGCGAAGGAGAAAGAAUCUGCAGAUGAAUCUUCCGACGAAGACGACGCUGGCGGGGUCGAUGUGAACGAUGAAGACGAUGACCUCAAAGAGUACGAUAUGGACCACUACGACGAUGAGCCGGAAGGCGGAGAAGGCGACGAGGAUGAAGCAGGACCCAAUGACAGCAUAUUUGGCAACAUCAAGGGGUUGGCAUACCAUACCGACAACAAAGACGACCCAUACAUCACCAUGGCCGAAAAUGGCGAACAGUCGGAUGAUGAAGAACGGGAGGAGUUGCAGAUACUGCCGACAGACAACUUGAUACUGGCAGCGAGGAUAGAAGACGAGGUAGCUCAUCUCGAAACAUACGUCUACGAGGACGAGGCCGACAACCUGUAUGUCCACCACGAUGUCAUGUUGCCCGCGAUACCGCUUUGCGUGGACUGGGUGAAUGCCAAGCCAAACCAUGAAGGAGAGACAGGCAAUUUUGCUGCCGUGGGGACGAUGGAUCCAGACAUUGAGAUAUGGGAUUUGGAUGUGGUCGACGGGAUGUACCCUGCUGCAAUCCUUGGUCAAUCCUCGCAAGCUGUUGCGGAGCCUCCAUCAGAACCAGUCACGAAGAAAAAGAAAAAGAAGAAAAGCAAAAAGGCAAACGACUCUUACCACGUCGACUCUGUGCUCGCCCUCGCCGCAAACAGGCAGCACAGUAACCUACUCGCCAGUGGCUCGGCGGACAAAACGAUCAAGCUCUGGGAUCUGAACACCUGUACAGCAGCGCAGAGCUAUAGUCAUCACACUGACAAGGUCUGUGCGCUGUCAUGGCAUCCCACACAGGCCUCCGUCCUCCUAUCGGGCUCCUACGACCGGACGAUUGUGGCGGCAGACAUGCGUGCACCUGGCGCAGCAGUCCCAAGAUGGGGUGUGGAGAGCGACGUCGAGCAAGUACGGUGGGACCCGCACAAUGAGCAGACCUUCUACGUCAGUACGGAGAACGGCAUUCUGCACUGUUUCGAUGCCAGACAGCUUCCGUCCUCGCCUGAGCAGAGCAAGGCUACGUGGACGUUGCAGGCCCACGACCAAAGCCUAUCCACCUUCGCCAUCAACCCCAUCGUACCUGGCUUCAUCGUCACUGGAUCAACAGAUCGUACGGUCAAGCUAUGGAACAUCGCAGCAUCAGACUCAGGACCGAACAUGGUUGCCAGCAGAGAUCUUGGAGUUGGGCGGGUAUUUUCUGCUAGCUUUGCACCGGACAAUGAGGUCGCUUUCAGACUAUCAGUCGCUGGGAGCAAGGGAGCUGUGCAAGUGUGGGACACUAGCACGAACAGGGCUGUGCGAGAGGCUUUUGCGACGAAAGUCAAGAUGCCCGAGCAGACUAGGGAUGUCAAAGAAAGGAUGAUCGGGUUGGCGGCGGAUACGGAGGAGGCGGACGAGGAGGACGAGGCGAAUGAGAAUGGACGUGCUGAUGGUGGGUGGGAGGAUAUGGAUGAGGACUGA